UGGACGCUCUAGGAUGCACGGAACACUGUCUUUAGUGGGCGCUCUAGGAUGAUCGGAGCACUCAUUGUCUUUAGUGAACAAUUCUUACAGCUUAAGAGCUACCACUUGUGUGUUCUGUUUUCAGGAAAGAGUUGACGUUGUCUCCCUAUCUGCUCCCUGCUCCCUGCUUUGGAGUAAUCCACCUUGCUGCCAGCAUGCCCACCCAGCUGGAGAUGGCCAUGGACACGAUGAUCCGAAUCUUCCACCGGUACUCUUGCAAAGAGGGGGACAGGUUCAAGCUCAACAAAGGAGAACUGAAGAUGCUAUUACAGCGGGAGCUCACAGAAUUCCUCACGUGCCAAAAGGAUCCCCAGUUGGUGGAUAAGAUAAUGCAGGACCUGGACGCCAAUAAGGACAACAAAGUGGAUUUUAAUGAAUUUGUGGUCAUGGUGGCAGCUCUGACAGUUGCUUGUAAUGAUUACUUUGUAGAGCAACUGAAGAAGAAAGGCAAAUAAAGAUGACUAGCAAGCCGAUGAGCGGCAGAAAUAGA